AUGAACGAAUUAUUAAAAAUAGUACGUUAUUCAAAUUUAUUUGAUCUUAAUCGUUUAAUGGAUGCUAUUGAUUCAAUUAAUGAUGAAACACGAACAUCAAUAAAUAGCAAUGAUGAUAAUAUAAAUCAAUCAGGAAAUAAUAAAGAUUUAUUGAUACGAGGAAAAUGUUAUCGAGGAAGAUUAAGAUUAGAUGAAAAUAUUGCAACAAAAGCAUGUCAUGCUCAAGUUAUCGAAGGAGAAAUGAAACAUGCUCUACUCGAUGGUGAUACAGCUAAUUAUGAUCUUGAUCGUGGUUUUACUAGACAUCCAAUCGAUGAUUUGCAUAACAUUUGUGUUAAAUUAGAUGGACCAUCAAUAAUUAAUCAUAUUAAAUUAUUACUUUGGGAUAAAGAUACUCGUGCGUAUUCAUAUUAUGUUGAAGUAUCAGCUGAUGAUAUAACAUGGACACGUAUUAUUGAUUAUCGUGUAUAUUUAUGUCGUUCAUGGCAAAAAUUAUAUUUUGCACCUAUUGUUGCAACAUCAAUUCGUAUUGCUGGAACAUAUAAUACAGUCAAUAAAGUAUUUCAUCUUGUUUCAAUGGAAGUUUAUUUUAUUCAAAAACCAUUUGCACUUAUUGGAGAUAUAUAUGCUCCAGUACAUAAUGUAGCCACAUUAGAAGCUAGUGCUGUUGUAUCCGAAGGUGUUAGUCGUGUACGAAAUGCAUUGAUUAAUGGAGAUUAUCUUUCUUAUGAUUGGGAUUCAGGAUAUACAUGUCAUCAACUUGGUUCAGGUGGAAUUGUUAUUCAAUUAUGUCAACCACAUGUUGUCAGUUCAAUGAGACUAUUAUUAUGGGAUUGUGAUAAUCGUUCGUAUUCUUAUUAUAUUGAAACUUCAUAUGAUAAUAUAACAUGGUCGAAAGCUGUUGAUAAACAAACAAUUGCUUGCAAAUCAUGGGAAAUCUUAACAUUUUCUCCCCGUAUUGUUGUUUUUGUACGUAUAUGUGGUACUCAUAAUACGGCUAAUGAAGUAUUUCAUUGUGUACAUUUUGAAUGUCCAUGUCGACCUGAUGUACUUAAAUCUUAUAUGAAUGAACAGACAUCUAUAUUAACAACUGAUGAUCAGGAAGCAAAUAGUGUAACAUAUGAAGAAUAUUAUAAAUCAAUUGAACCAUUACUUGAUAUAACAAAUGAUAAUUCUUCAUCAACAACAGAUAGUGGUUCAUUAAUUCACAUACAUACAUUAUUACCAUAUAUGAUAAAACCUGGUUUAACAGGAAUAUAUCCUAUUGAAAAUGGAAGUAAUGAAAUCGUUUUAUAA